CAUGGCUCGGGCGGCGUGGGGGCUGCUGUGGCUGCUGCUGGGCAGCGCCGGGGCGCAGUACGAGAAGUACAGCUUCCGCGGCUUCCCGCCCGAGGACCUGAUGCCGCUGGCGGCGGCCUACGGGCACGCGCUGGAGCAGUACGAGGGCGAGAGCUGGCGCGAGAGCGCGCGCUACCUGGAGGCGGCGCUGCGGCUGCACCGGCUGCUGCGCGACAGCGAGGCCUUCUGCCACGCCAACUGCAGCGUUGCCGGGGCCGGCCGGCCGCCGCCCGCGCCCGCCGCCGCCGCCCGCGCCGACGACUGGGCGCGCGAGCUGCGCCUCUUCGGCCACGUCCUGGAGCGCGCCGCCUGCCUGCGGCGCUGCAAGCGGACGCUGCCCGCGUUCCAGCUGCCCUACCCGCCGCGCCAGCUGCUGCGCGACUUCCAGAGCCGCCUGCCCUACCAGUACCUGCACUAUGCGCUGUUCAAGGCUAACCGGCUGGAGAAGGCCGUGGCCGCCGCCUACACCUUCCUGCAGAGGAACCCGAAGCACGAGCUGACCGCCAAGUACCUCAGCUACUACCGGGGCAUGCUGGACGUGGCGGACGAGGCCCUCACCGACCUCGAGGCCCAGCCCUACGAGGCGGUGUUCCUGCGGGCUGUGAAGCUCUACAACAGCGGCGACUUCCGCGGCAGCACAGAGGACAUGGAGCGGGCCCUGGCCGAGUACCUGGCCGUGUUCGCGCGGUGCCUGGCCGGCUGCGAGGGCGCCCACGAGCAGGUGGACUUCAAAGACUUCUACCCAGCCAUCGCAGAUCUCUUCGCAGAGUCGCUGCAGUGCAAGGUGGACUGCGAGACCAACUUGACCCCCAAUGUGGGCGGCUACUUCGUGGACAAGUUCGUGGCCACCAUGUAUCACUACCUGCAGUUUGCCUACUACAAGCUGAAUGACGUGCGCCAGGCCGCCCGCAGCGCCGCCAGCUACAUGCUCUUCGACCCCGAGGACAGCGUCAUGCAGCAGAACCUGGUGUACUACCGCUUCCACCGGGCGCGCUGGGGCCUGGAGGAGGACGACUUCCGGCCGCGGGAGGAGGCCGUGCUGUACCACAACCAGACCUCUGAACUGCGGGAGCUACUGGAGUUCUCGCACAUGUACCUGCAGUCAGACGAUGAGAUGGAGUUGGAGGAGCCAGGGCCGCCCACAGAGCCCGAGGAGCCCCCUUCGGACGCCGAGUUUGAGGGGGAGGGCGACUAUGAGGAGGGCCUGUAUGCGGACUGGUGGCAGGAGCCGGAUGCCAAGGGCGACGAGGCUGAGGCUGAGCCAGAGCCUGAACUAGCAUGAGAAGUGCCCCCACCCCACACUCGGCAAGAGCGCCUGCCAAGCUGGGCCGCAGGAAAGAAUAUUUAUUACAACUUCAAAGGGACGCGGCUGAUCCUGGCCCAGCCGGGAGUGCGGCUGCCCCCAGACCGUGUCCUUGUCCUGCCUCGUCUGUGUCUUGGGGCCCCCAUCCCCUGGGGAUUCCUCGGCCGGCCCCUCGGAGAAGGCUGCAGCUGCUGGCUGGAGUCUCAGCCCCUUUGCGGGGACGGUGAAGCUCUGAGAGCACUGCAGCAGGAGUCCAGGGGUCUGGGCGCGCCGGCGGUGGUGCUCAAUAAAUGUUGUUGAGUGAGUCCCA